CAGUAACUCUACAUCUACAACUCCCUAGGCCACAACAGUAAGAGCGGCUAUAAAUGUGAGCGACCAAGAUCGAAACUUGCACUCUCAUGCCGAUUCCAAAUUACUUUGUUCUAAUGUUUCUUGAUCCAUUUUGUUUCUGAUUUCCCUUGACCCAACACAAGAAAGCUUACACGAUAAUUGGGCUUCUGUCAUCUCACUCUUUCUUCCAUUUUCAGAGCUUGGAAACUUCUCUUCAUGUUCAGAGUUCUAUUGUAUUGUAAAUUUGUGCAGAUUGUGUUGGCUUAUAUUGUCAUCCAUGGCGGGCUUAACUCCUUUUCCUUCUGAUGAUGGGUAUUCAUUAUCCACGCUCUAUGGUUCAUUCAAUUCUAGUCUCCCUCCCCUUUAUAGUCUUCCAGAUCCUCUUCAAUCUCAUACCAAUCGAAACUCUCUUGGCUUGCCCAUUGAUCACUCCUUGGAGCACUAUGUUGAUAAGGGGAACUCUAUUUUGGAGCCAAGGGAGUAUCAGUAUGGUAUUCAGGGGACCCCAGUUUAUUUCAAUGAGAUAAACAAGAGAAACACCAUGGAUGGCCAUCUUAGUUCUGGCCCACCCAUGAACUUUGCAGAUGGAGAAGAAAUGGAUAAGCAAAAGAUAAACGACGAGGCUCUCAAGUCCAAAGUGUAUGAGGCAUCUGCAACAAAGAAUCGGAGGAGCUCUUAUAGCAGAGAUAAACCAUGCAAGGGAAAACAAGUAAGAGAGGCGGCGGCACAAGGAUCCAAGAAGCUCGCAAAGGCAGAGGGUGGGCAGAACUUCGUUCUGGUGAGAGCCCGAAGGGGCCAGGCUACAGACAGGCAUAGCAUUGCAGAGAGAGUAAGAAGAGAGAAAAUUAGAAAACGAAUGCGCUUCUUACAAGAUCUUGUGCCGGGCUGUUGCAAGGCCAAUGGCAAGACGGUUGUUCUGGACGAGAUCAUCAACUAUGUGAAGUCUCUGCAAAAUCAAAUCGAGUUCCUGUCGAUGAAACUCUGUGCUGCGAGUCUCUAUCAAUCACACAAUGAGGUGGGCCACAGACAGAUGGCUUGUGAAGCAGGAUACGGCACAACCCUGGGCAUGAUGGAACAGCAAGGUGCUGCCAAUUGUACUUUGGCUACGCAACCGUUGGAGAUGGGCAUGCAAUCGUCAAUUGACGUUGCCUGUUUCCCUUGUCAAACAAUGGUGAAGCUUCUCUGGGGGCAGACGAAUGUGAUGUUCGACUGGAAGGCAUUGUGCAACAACUGUUGGCACAGUGAAAGGACAUGACCUACUUUUGACUGCAAAAUUGGCCUCUUUAAAACCACACUGUGGAUUUAUGUAAUACGUAACGAAUUGCUCUCUAGAUUCCGCUCCCGAAACCCGUACUAUGUUCAAUUAUUGGGUUUACUGUUGGGCCGGUGGGAUCAAGUUGGUCGAUUCUGUCUUAUUUUGGCUUCCUGUAACAGAGCAUCUUACUAGUUAUUGAAGUAAGAUCAUCAGAUGUUUCAGUAGAAAUCAGAUCAAUCAUGUCCCUGACAACUUCACUGUGGAUGACCUUCUGCAUUUAAUUCUACAACUUUCCAUUUU